AGAUAUCUCCUUCAGCUCUCCUCGUAAUCAUACCAUCACCGAGAAUCCCCAUAGUUCAUUCAAACACACCCAGAUGGACUCGGAAGGCCGUAACACUGCACCUUUACAGCCAUCGCCUGCUUCCCCUUCACGCCACCAGUCACCGUUAGCGGAAAACCAGGGAAGCUCAUCAUCGAUUUCAAAAGGCAAGAAAAAGUCGCUGCUAGACGGAGAAGCUCACAAUGGGGAAUCGCCAUCGUCACCCGGCCCCAUCUCGAUAAAGCGGCGCCUAGUCCGGCCCAAGAAGAUACGGCAAAGCCAUGGUGAUGUAUCACCACCUACAUCGGUGGACCCACAAAUGCGGCAGGAGACUUUAGCUUUUGCUGAACCAGAACCUCUCAAGCCCGCGCGCUCACCUUCACUUCGUCAAUCUUCAAAAUCCCCGUCUCGCCAUCCUUCCCCGGCGGCAUCAACUCCUUCCUUCGCUGAUGCGCCCCUCCCACCGCCCCCUCGUUCAAGGUUUGCUCCUCCACGCUCUUCUCACCCCCCACUAGUCUCUUGUCGCUCCGUCUACAAUUACACUCGUCUUAACCACAUCGAAGAAGGCACUUAUGGCGUUGUCUUUCGGGCGAGAUGUAACGAUACGGGCGAGAUAUACGCUUUAAAGAAGCUGAAGCUGGAUGAAGAGAAGCAGGGGUUUCCAAUAACAAGCCUGAGAGAGGUUAUGGCUUUGAUGAUUUCAGGAGGACACGAAAACGUUGUGGGAAUAAGAGAAAUCGUGGUUGGAGAUACUCUGAAUCAGGUCUUCAUUGUGAUGCCAUUUAUCGAGCACGAUCUCAAAACUCUUUUGGCAGAUAUGCCCCAUCCAUUCUUGCAGUCGGAAGUCAAAACGAUCAUGCUUCAGCUGUUGUCGGCAGUAGCACAUUGUCACGCUAACUGGAUUCUCCACCGAGAUCUUAAAACAUCUAAUCUUUUGAUGAACAAUAGAGGUCAAAUCAAAGUGGCCGAUUUCGGAUUAGCAAGGAAAUUUGGCGACCCACUAGGAGAAAUGACCCAGUUGGUCGUUACCCUUUGGUAUAGAUCACCGGAAUUGUUGUUGGGCGGCAAGGAAUAUACCACAGCGGUAGACAUCUGGUCGAUUGGAUGUAUAUUCGCGGAAUUAAUGCAGGGUGAACCAUUGUUUCCCGGUCGUGGCGAAAUCGAUCAAAUUAACAGGAUUUUUCAGCUGCUGGGACGGCCCAACGACGAAAGUUGGCCAGGAUAUUCGACCUUGCCCCUUGUUCAGAAGAUCAAUCCUAUAGGACCGAUGUUUUCAACCUUACGCCAAAAGUUCAAACACUUAACGUAUGAAGGGCACAAUCUCCUGUCUUCAUUACUAUGCUACGACCCCGAACGAAGGAUCACUGCUGAAGAAGCGUUGAAACAUCCAUACUUCUCUGAACAUCCUCUUCCCAAACACCCUGAUCUAUUUUCAUCUUUCCCAAGUCAAGCUGCCGGAGAACGGAAACACAAAUCACUCAUUAGCCCUUCUGCGCCCGUAAGGGAGGAUAGGAUGGCGAAGGAUAGUCUGGCGGAUCUGGAUUCAUUUGUCUAAACGAUGUAUCCCAUAUUACACAGAUCAUCAGAUCAUGCAUAACACAUAUGUACUAAUGUUAGUUACAACAACACAGACUUAAGUUCAUGGUGCCACAAAUGAUGUAUCUAGUCCCUCCGAG